CGUGUUGCCCUUGCGUGUUGCUUGCGUGUUGCAUUUGGGUGUUGGGUGUUGAUGACGUGGGGAUGUGCUUCUGAUUCAAGUUAAUAGAAUUAGACUGUGCGCUUGAGAUUCUAAGCGAAUUGAUUCAUCAUCAACCAGGAUUUGCAAUCAUGAAGCUGUUGACUCACAACAUGCUAACGUCAAAAUGUCUGAAGAAUGUCGUAACCGGCUAUCCCCUUAUCAUUUCCAUCAAUUCGCCAGAAGACAUCAAGGUACAAGAAGUGGACUUCAACCCAGAUUUCAUUGCAAAAAUCAUUCCAAAAGUGGACUGGGAUGUGCUAUGCAAAACAGCUGAGGAGGUCGGUCACAAAGGGGACCUGCCCGGCGCGGUGGACCAGGACUUCGAGACGAACGAGGGGUUCCUGAAGAAAGCCCACCACGUUCUCCUCGAGGUGGAGGUGAUGAACGGCAGCCUGGUGUGCCCAGAGACCGGCCGCAAGUUCCCCGUCACAGACGGCAUUCCCAACAUGCUGCUCAACGAGGACGAAGUGUAGGCCGCCGGCCUCGGCCCACCCCGCGCCAUCGCAUCUCAUUUGUUUGUGUUUAAUACAGAUUACGCUUUGUUUAUUAA